CGUAACCAACAAAUUGUGCUUUCCCCUUAAACUUUGAUUGCUCUAUAUAUAGUUUUUUCUUGCUGCGAAAAACAUAUAUAACCUGAAUACAUCCAAACUUUAGAGCACCCUUCUCUUUUCAAAACAAAAGAUCAUACCUCAUAUUUUAUAGACAUGUCGAACCUCACUACUGCCAUCCAACUCACUAGAAAUAGUACAUACAAACUCAACAAUGGAUUAUCUAUUCCUAUCGCUGGGUAUGGUGUCUACCAACUUGAUUCCAAGACCACCAAGGAUUUGGUAUACAGAGCUUUAGAAGACGGAUAUCGUCAUAUCGACUCUGCUGCCAUUUAUGGAAAUGAAAAGGAAGCUGCUGAAGGAAUUGCUGCCUUUUUAAAGGAUUAUCCAAAGGUUUCUCGUGAAGAUAUCUGGUUCACCACAAAGAUUUGGAAUGAAGACCAAGGAUAUGAAGAAACAAAGAAAGGUGUUCAAAAGACCGCCGAUAAAGUGAAGCCAUACAUUGGAUAUGUUGAUUUAUUCCUUCUCCAUUCUCCAUUGACUUCUAAGGAUAAGAGAUUAGGCUCUUGGAAGGCUUUACAAGAGUUUGUAUCAGAUCCUUCUAAUGACGUCCUUCAAAUUAAGUCUAUUGGGGUCUCAAAUUUCGGAAUUGAACACAUUGAAGAACUUCUCAAUUGGGAAGGGCUCUCAAUUAAGCCAGUUGUAAAUCAACUUGAAUUACAUCCAUGGCUCCCACACUUGAAGUUACGUAAGUAUUGUUUAUCCAAAGAUAUUCUCUUGGAAGCAUACUCGCCUCUUACUCAAGGACAUAAGCUCAAUGAUCCAGAACUUCUUUCUUUGGAAAAGAAGUUUGGCGUACCAAAGGUUGAAAUCUUACUCAAAUGGUCAUACCUUCAAGGAUUUAUUGUGUUGGCCAAGACCGAAAAGUUUGAGAGAAUUAAGCAAAAUUUGAGUGUCUUGCCAGAUGGUCAAGUCGAAGACGAUCAACUUGAAGAAACAAAAUCAUUCGGUAAGGUUGAUCUUGAAGAAGAAAUUCUCCAAGCUUUGGACAAACCAGAAUCGCAUGAAGUUUUAUGUUGGGGUAACAAGGAUCCUACUGAAUAUAAGGAUUAGAGAAGUUUUUCCAACCUACAAAAAAAAAAAAUUAAAACUAAACAUAAUGAUUUACAAAGUGAUUAGUUGGAUUAGAUAUCACUCAUUAAAAUUACCACAUCCAUACUUUCCUUAUUAUUUUAGAGUGUAAAUUAUUAUUUUUGAUUUGAGAGAAUGGUAAUCUUGUUAUGAUUUCUUAUAUUAGUGUACAUUGAUAAAAAUCUAUAUUCAAU